GGAUUCAGAUUCAUCGAUCCAAUUCAAAGCAAAUUAUAAUGGUGUGUUUUGUGCUCUGUUUCCAGAACAGGGUGUUCUGAACGUCACCUCGAAGUGGAAGAGCCUUAAGCUGAAGGUGCUGUGUAUUAUUUACACUGAAGAAGCUCUUGUGUGGACAGGAAAGCGCUGACAGGUCACAUGGACCCCAUGGAGCUGAGCAACGUCAACAUCGAGCCUGACGACGGGGAGAGCAGCAGUGGAGAAAGUAUGCAAGACAGCUUCACGAGGAUGGGAAGCUCUGAAAAGGCAGCCAUGAACAGUCAGUUUGCUAACGAAGAUGCUGAAAGUCAGAAGUUCCUGACAAAUGGAUUUUUGGGGAAGAAGAAGCUGGCCGAUUACGGGGAUGAACACCACCCCGGAACCACUUCCUUCGGAAUGUCCUCCUUCAACCUGAGUAAUGCCAUCAUGGGCAGUGGGAUCUUGGGCUUGUCCUAUGCCAUGGCCAACACAGGGAUCGUCCUUUUCAUAAUUAUGCUGCUUACUGUGGCGACACUGUCUCUCUAUUCGGUUCACCUUCUGUUAAAGACAGCCAAAGAAGGAGGAUCUUUAAUUUAUGAAAAAUUGGGGGAAAAGGCAUUUGGAUGGCCUGGGAAAAUUGGAGCCUUCAUCUCUAUUACCAUGCAGAAUAUUGGAGCAAUGUCCAGCUACCUCUUCAUCAUUAAAUACGAACUACCUGAAGUAAUCAGAGCAUUCAUGGGACUUGAAGAAAACACUGGGGAAUGGUACCUCAAUGGCAACUACCUCGUCAUAUUUGUGUCUGUGGGGAUUAUCCUUCCACUCUCUCUCCUUAAAAACUUAGGUUACCUUGGCUACACCAGUGGAUUUUCCCUGACGUGCAUGGUGUUUUUUGUCAGCGUGGUGAUUUACAAAAAAUUUCAAAUACCCUGCCCUCUGCCCGUUCUGGAUCACAAUGUUGGAAAUCUGACGUUCAACAGCACACUUCCAAUGCACGUGAUUAUGUUACCCAAUAACUCAGACAGCACUGAUGUGAACUUCAUGAUGGAUUACACUCACCGGAACCCAGCAGGGCUGGAUGAGAACCAGGCCACAGGCCCACUUCACAGCAGCGGAGUAGAAUACGAGGCUCACAGCGGUGACAAGUGUCAACCUAAAUACUUUGUAUUCAAUUCCCGGACCGCCUAUGCGAUUCCAAUCCUAGCCUUUGCUUUUGUGUGCCAUCCCGAGGUCCUUCCCAUCUACAGUGAACUUAAAGAUAGGUCCCGGAGAAAGAUGCAAACAGUGUCCAACAUUUCCAUCACAGGAAUGCUCAUCAUGUACAUGCUCGCCGCUCUCUUUGGCUACCUAACUUUCUAUGGGGAAGUUGAAGAUGAGUUACUCCAUGCUUACAGCAAAGUCUACACAUUUGAUACCCCUCUGCUCAUGGUACGCCUGGCAGUCCUGGUGGCGGUGACACUAACAGUGCCCAUUGUCCUGUUCCCCAUUCGGACCUCAGUGAUCACACUGCUGUUCCCCCAAAGACCCUUCAGCUGGGUAAAGCAUUUCCUGAUUGCCGCAAUAAUCAUUGCGCUCAACAACGUCCUGGUCAUCCUUGUGCCCACCAUCAAAUACAUCUUUGGAUUCAUAGGGGCUUCGUCGGCUACCAUGCUGAUCUUCAUCCUUCCAGCUGCUUUUUAUCUCAAGCUUGUCAAGAAGGAACCUCUUAGGUCCCCCCAAAAGGUUGGGGCUUUGGUCUUCCUUGUGACUGGAAUUAUCUUCAUGAUGGGAAGCAUGGCGCUCAUUAUAAUCGACUGGAUUUACAACCCUCCAAAUACCAAGCAUCACUAGUCCUGGGGAAAAGCUUUUCUAUUGGAAAUGGCUGAAAUUAUGCUCCAAAGGACAUUUUAGUUGCCUUGAUUGGGAUGUUAUCCAGGGGAAAUAAUGAGAAGAUUCUAAAGACAGUUUCUAGUUCCAUUGCCUGACACCCGUGGAAGAGGAAAUUAUGGGUUUGUUCGGGAUGGCGAAUGCAUUAAAGAUCCGUGGCACACAUUUCAACCCAGGCCUGCUAGUGCAGUGUGUGACGCCCAAAGUGUGUUCUACAAUUGUGCAAGCAGAAUCCAGGUGGCUGCGUGUCUUGGUCAGCAGACAAUACCGUGCCCCCCUACCCCCCACCCCCCAUUGCUCACUCCCCACACUUCACCACCCCAGAUAACAAAUAAUUGUAUUCACAGAACAUCAAACAAAAAUGCCCUAGUGCAAAGCUGUGAUCACUUAGGGCCAUCUCCCAUCCUGCACCACCACUAAGGGUCUGUUGCCUGACUGAGGCAGGUGUGUAUCUUGGGAACUGUUCCUGUGAGGUCCGUGAAUGAUGGAUACCAGUCUAGAGUUUCAAUACUAAAAGAGUAGUUUGCCCAACCUGCUUAUUACACUGAAUUAGUGUCAAUGGGUUUUUUAUGGUAAACGUUAAAACAUCUCAUUAAAUUGGGGGGGGUAUUUAAUUAUCAAGAAAUAACAACAACAAAAUAAUGCUUUCAGCUAAACUGCUUAGUAAGACAGCAUCUGCUUUUCCACGUUGCUCCUGGUAUUUUUGUCACACUUUUGUCUUUGAACAAGGCUUGCCCUCUUGUCUUCCAUUCUCAGGCAUAAUUUUCAGAAGACCAUAAUUCAUGUGGAGACACACUACCCAGUAUUGUUUGAUACAUUUGUAUUUGAUAAACAUUCAGUGCAGGAAACUGUGAUUUUGCUACAUAUUUGUGUAUAUAUAAUCUCAUUCUGUAGUUAUCAGAAUGUUGACAUAUGGUACAUUGGAUUUUUAUUUUUUAACAUGUGUAGUUUUCUUUCUUCACAGUCAAAACAUUUAUAUUAUCGGGUUGGGGCAGGGAAUUAAGCUAGUGGUCUCAAAAAUCCAUGGGUAUGUAUCUGUCCAUUGGAGACAUAUAAAAAUUAAAACCAAAGUUGUACGUAGUUCAGUAAUGCUCUUCAUUGUUUACAACACUAUCAUCACCUAUGGGAACUUAGCAGAGAAAGGAACUCCUCGUUUGUAAAUAAUUUCUGGUACUAGCAUUGGUCUUUGAGUUUAGCAUGUCUAGAAUAGGACUCUGCUCCUCUUAGCUCUCAUGGGAAUUUGCUGACAUUCAUCUGUCAUUAAUAUAAUGUUAAGUGGUUAGAAACAAAUGCCCUAACAUGACAUGAAAACACAGACCACCAUUCUUUUUCUUUUUUUUUCUUUCUUUUUUUUGUUUUUUUGUUGUUUUGUUUUGUUUUGUU